AAGCAGCACUCAGCGGAUGGGAGGGGUGCCGCUCGCAGACAAGAGACAGGAUCCAUGGCAACAAACAUGGCAGAGGCAGAGACCCGUCAGAGGCUGCUGCGCACCGUCAAGAAGGAGGUGAAGCAGAUUAUGGAGGAAGCCGUCACCAGGAAAUUUGUUCAUGAAGACAGCAGCCAUAUUGUGUCCUUUUGUGCUGCAGUGGAGGCAUGUGUUCUGCAUGGGCUGAAACGGCGAGCAGCAGGCUUUCUGCGUAGCAACAAGAUAGCUGCACUCUUCAUGAAAGUGGGGAAGAGCUUUGUCCCAGCUGAAGAGCUGUGUAGGAAGGCCCAGGAGCUCGAGCAGAUCAUCGAAACAAAACGAAGUCAAAGCUUGCAAAGUCAAGACAGCCUUCGCAAGAUGCCCCGACUGCCCAGCCUCACCCAACAGGGAGUCAGGAACCUGUGGAUCCGGACGGCUCUAUUUGACAAGGUGCUGGACAAGAUUGUUCUCUACCUGGUGGAGAACAGCAGUAAAUACUACGAGAAAGAGGCUGUUCUAAUGGACCCUGUGGACGGACCUAUCCUUGCUUCUUUGUUAGUUGGACCUUGUGCUUUGGAGUACACUAAGAUGAAGACAGCAGACCACUUCUGGACAGACCCGUCUGCUGACGAGUUGGUGCAAAGACAUCGCAUCCAUGGGGGCCACUGCAGACAGGAUUCUCCCACUAAGAGGCCCGCACUUUGUAUCCAGAAGCGGCACUCCAGCAGCAGCAUGGAUGAACGCCCUUCCCCCUCGCCAUCAGCUCGUGAAUAUGUGGAGUCGCUGCAUCAAAACAGCAGGGUGACCCUACUGUUUGGCAAAAACAAUGUGCUUGUACAACCGAGGGACGACAUGGAAGCUAUCCCAGGUUACCUGUCUCUGCACCAGAAUGCUGAUCUCAUGACCUUGAAGUGGACACCGAACCAGCUCAUGAAUGGCUCUGUUGGAGACUUGGACUACGAACGCAGUGUAUACUGGGACUAUGCCAUGACGAUCCCUCUAGGGGAAAUAGUUUACUUGCAUUGUCAUCAACAAGUUGACAGUGGGGGCACAGUGGUGCUGGUCAGUCAGGAUGGGAUCCAAAGACCACCACUCCGCUUCCCCAGAGGAGGACACUUGCUCCAGUUCCUCUCCUGCCUGGAGAACGGCCUGCUUCCCCACGGCCUGCUGGACCCUCCACUCUGGUCCCAGAGGGGAAAGGGGAAGGUGUUCCCCAAGCUGCGGAACAGGGUUUCUCAGGCAUCUGGAUCCUCAGACUCGGUCUCAGAUAAGGAGGAGGACGAGGCCACAGACUAUGUCUUCCGCAUCCUCUUUCCAAACAGCCAAUCAGAGUUUGUGAGUCCUCCAGACUUGAUGGAUCAGGGAGCUACAAUGUGGCAUCCCACUCUAAGGAAGUCCUCGUGUUCCUCUUGUUCUCCGGGGAGCUUCUCUGAUGGGGCGACGCCCAAGGGGUGCAACCAUGAGAGGGCUCCGCUGAAGCUGCUCUGCGACAACAUGAAGAAUCAGAUCAUCUCUCGGGCUUUUUAUGGCUGGUUAGCAUACUGCCGUCACCUGUCCACUGUGCGUACACACCUGUCUGCUCUCGUCAAUCACGCCAUUGUGGCGCCCGACGUGCCUCGUGAUGCCUUCAAAGGACUCACCACAGACGUGUGGCAGACAUUCCUCCAGGACUGCACAGCAUACGAGGAGAAGGAGCUGCUUCGUCUGGUCUACUUCGGUGGUGUGGACGCCUCGCUGCGUAAAGAGGUGUGGCCUUUCCUGCUGGGUCAUUACCAGUUUGGAAUGUCAGAAGCUGAUAGAAAAGAGGUGGACGAACAGGUCCGAGUGUGCUACCAACAGACCAUGCGUGAGUGGCUCGGCUGCGAGGAGAUUGUCCGUCAGCGGGAGAAGGAGCAGCAUGCUGCAGCAUUAGCAAAGUGUUCCUCUGGAGCAAGCAUGGACAGCUCCAGUCACAAGAUGAUCCACCACAACUCCACUGUCAGCAAUGAGUCCCAGUCCUCCCAAAGCUCAGACAGGCAGAGUCUGGCUCGCCUGCAGAGUGACUCCAGCAGCAGCACACAGGUGUUUGAGUCCGUAGAGGAAGUUGACCAAAUCGAGACGGAGCCCAAGAGCGAAGAGGCCAAACCAGUGCCAAAGAUACCCAAUGGAGCUCUGCAGAAUGGGACAAGCUCUCCUGACUCCGGACAUCCUUCCUCCCGUAACUUCUCAGUCACCUCCGGCCUGUCAGACGUAUCCCUCACAGAGGACAGCGCUGCACAUGAUACAAUCCCAAGAUCUGCAGCUGUCCCCCAGGAGCCACAGAGCCCAGUCAAACUUGCAGGGGUAGAGAGUGAAGGUCUGACAGGGGAGAUGGACAGCCAGGUUAAAGGUAAAGUUAAGAAUAAGGAGGGGGAGGAGGAAGAGGAGGGAGAAAGCACCUAUGUGACCAAAACUGCAGAAAAUACCAAGACUGACGGGCUGGUAACGGCCAACAAAGACAUUGGUCUGCAACCCAACAAAGAAGCAGUUGAGGAGUCUGGAGCAAUUAAAACAGAGGGGCCCAAAUGUGUAGACAAAGAUGCACUGGCAGACAUGAAAGGAAUGGAACCUUUAGAGUCAGGGGUAAUAGAAGAGCAAGUGCCCGAUAAGGAUACUAUGAUGGUAUUAGCAGCUGCUGCAGAGUCAACAGGAGAACUUGUUGAGCAAAGUCUUAAAAAAGAAGUAGAAGUGAGUAUUGAGGAAACGUCAAUGCUUAAGAAAACAGAACCAAAUGUGGAAAAGGCAAAGGAAAUGAAUGAAUCAAAGACAAGUAAACCACAAGAGGUUUUAUUGGCAGAAAGGAGAGAAAAUAUAUCAGUUGAUCCUCUGGCUCUCAAAGUUGAAAAAAACCUGGUUUUCUCAGUUAGAUCCUCGACUCAGACAGAUGAAGCCCAGGUCAUGACUGAAUCUGAUGAAUCUCCCUCAGCCAUAGAGAUGGAGGACAUCCCCAAAGCCAAAGUUUCCAUGAUGCCUUGGAGCAGGAAGGGACGUUGUGAAGCAUCGUCUUUCUCUGAGGACUCCGCUCCCCACAUAGAGCUCAGGCCGGAGGACGAGCAGGGAGAGCCCUAUCCGGAGGACACAGAGCCCAUCUUGUGUGAGGAGCCAGAGAUGGAGAGUCUUUACCCUAACUUUGACUCUCUGGUCAGGUCUGAAGACAUUAAGAAUGCAGCAACCUCUGAAGAAUCUGCUGGGAGUACCUUCUCUCAAGAGCUUUUGGACUUGUAUACUUUAAAUCUGCAUCGCAUUGAAAAGGAUGUCCAGCGCUGUGACCGGAACUAUCCGUACUUCACUCCUGCCAACUUGGAGAAACUGCGCAACAUCAUGUGCAGCUACAUCUGGAGGCACCUCGACAUCGGUUACGUACAGGGCAUGUGUGAUCUUCUGGCUCCACUUCUAGUCAUUCUGGAUGAUGAGGCCAUGGCCUUCAGCUGUUUCACUGAGCUCAUGAAGAGAAUGAAUCAAAACUUUCCACACGGAGGAGCUAUGGACACACACUUUGCCAACAUGCGCUCUCUAAUCCAGAUCUUGGAUUCUGAGCUGUUUGAGCUCAUGCACCAGAACGGAGACUACACCCACUUCUAUUUCUGCUACCGCUGGUUUCUCCUGGACUUCAAGCGAGAGCUGGUGUAUGAUGACGUGUUUGCAGUGUGGGAAACCAUCUGGGCAGCCAAGUAUGUCUCUUCUAGUCACUUUGUCCUCUUCAUCGCCCUGGCGCUGGUGGAGAUCUACAGGGAUAUUAUCCUGGAGAACAACAUGGACUUCACUGACAUCAUUAAGUUCUUCAACGAAAUGGCUGAGCACCACAACAUAAAGAAGAUUUUGACCAUGGCCAGAGAUCUGGUGUGCAAGGUGCAGAUCCUGAUAGAGAACAAGUGAUUGUCCUCUAUGUCUUCUUUUUCCUUCCAAGUAAAGUGUGACCGGCUGUAGCAGCACAAGAGUAAAUUACAUCUGAGCGCACAUUCUCUCUCUAACACACACACACACACAUACAUACACAAACACACACACACACACAUUACACAAAGCCUUUACAAUCACAGUUUGCUGCUAUGAGCCUUAUUGACUGUAUCCACAAUGUUGUUUGUGUUGUCAACAGGUGUAUGAGAAUAUUAUGCUUACUAUUUGUCAGUAUGUUAAAGUAAAAUCAAAUGUAUCUGAAAAAAUCAUUUCUUUUAAUUUCUAGAUAUUUUUGUCAGAAAUCCCUUAAGUGUGAGUCUUAACCAGAGUGCACUUAAUAUUUUUGAGAUAAUGAUGGUUUUAGUUGCACAUUUCAAACCAAACUGCAGAACUGAAUUCCACCAGAGACUAUAUUUAUGAGAGA